CAGCAUUUGGAGAGGGCUUUCUUCCUUUUAUAUUACCCCGUCAACUUUUCUGCAACACAACUCCACCACCAAUCUCAACCCCAAAAUUCUCUCUUUCUCUCUCUUCGAUUGUCUUCCAUGGCCGCCCAAUUCUUGCGUCGGGCCGUCGGAAGCCACACUUCCUCCUCCGCUCUCCGCCGUCAAUUCUCCACCGGAGCUCCCAUCACCGCCACUCUCUUCCCCGGCGAUGGUAUUGGACCUGAAAUCGCCGAAUCCGUCAAACAGAUAUUUACUGCGGCUCAAAUACCUAUUGACUGGGAGGAACACUUUGUUGGGAAAGAAGUAGAUCCUAGAACCCAAAGCUUUCUCACAUGGGAAAGUUUAGAAUCUGUACGCCGUAAUAAGGUGGGUCUAAAAGGUCCAAUGGCUACACCUAUUGGAAAGGGGCAUCGUUCACUUAACCUUACUUUGAGGAAGGAACUUAAUUUGUAUGCCAAUGUCAGACCUUGCUUCAGUCUUCCUGGCUAUAAGACCAGGUACGAUGAUGUGGAUCUCGUCACCAUCCGUGAGAACACUGAAGGAGAGUACAGUGGACUUGAACACCAAGUGGUUAGGGGUGUGGUUGAGAGCAUCAAGAUCAUUACUCGUCAAGCAAGUUUGAGGGUUGCUGAGCAUGCCUUUCAGUAUGCAAAAGCUCAUGGAAGAAAGAGAGUAUCUGCGAUACACAAAGCAAACAUCAUGCAGAAAACUGAUGGUCUUUUUUUGAAGUGCUGCAGGGAAGUUGCAGAGAAGUACCCUGAGAUUGUAUACGAAGAAGUUGUCAUUGACAAUUGCUGUAUGAUGCUUGUGAAGAAUCCUGCGCUAUUUGAUGUAUUGGUCAUGCCUAACCUCUAUGGUGAUAUUAUCAGUGACCUCUGUGCUGGUUUAAUUGGUGGUUUGGGUUUAACACCAAGCUGCAACAUUGGGGAGGGAGGUAUUGCUCUUGCUGAAGCUGUGCAUGGCUCAGCUCCUGAUAUUGCUGGAAAGAACAUGGCGAAUCCAACUGCUUUGCUUCUAAGUGCUGUGACCAUGUUACGACACUUGGAACUUAAUGACAAAGCAGAUCAAGUUCAGAAUGCUGUUCUGAAAACAAUCGCUGAAGGAAAAUAUCGAACCAUCGAUCUUGGCGGCAAAUCUUCUACCACAGACUUUACAAAUGCAAUUUGUGAUAAUCUUGGAAUAGGUUCUACAUGAUCAUUUUGUGUAGUGUAUUUCCUUUGAAAUCCAAAACCAUCUUUUUAAUUUACUUUGGAAGGAGAUUGCCAUGCUGUGUCAACAAAGACCUUUGCCGCAGGUUCAUCUUCUCGGAGGAGUGAGCAACACAACCUCAUUUUAUUGAUAGAUUCUUUUUAGCACUUCCCAAGUACAUCGGAAGCCCUGAAGUUUUAUGAAAAAAUUUGUACCAAACUCCAUGAGUCUUGCUAAUUUUACCGAAUACAAAUAAAUAGGAUUUUACCUCUGCUUUAUGUCAAUAAAUUUUGUUUCUGGUAAUUUAUUCCAGAUGAUAUACGAGUUUUAAGGGAUUUCUCAUUUCCUGCUUGUGUUUGAAUCUAUUCUUGUAUUGUUCGAAAGAUUGAUUGCCUUUAUUGUAGAAGUGGAGGGAUUACAUGUA